GGACAUUUGGACCUGGAUGGCACCACAGACAUCAUACUGAUGGAGAACCUCUGAGGGAGACUCCUCGGAACCAAAAAAACCUUUCUUCCAGACCCAAGCACACAACUUUUUUUUGUUUUAGCCAUGGCCAUCAACACCGACUCUUCCUUUGCCAGCAGCGCUGUGGUCCAGAGAGACGCGUCUAACCCGGGAGACUUCCAGGACACGGAGAAGUUGCUGAGCGCCGGUACCGUCGAACCGGGCGGCCAGAUCAACGUCAAGACGUCCGAAUCGCUCGACCUGCGGGGCAGCGUUCGCUCCCUGGACGCUGAGCAGAACGGACACAGGUCGCCCCUCAAGUCCGGCUCCGUGGGCCAGCUGGCGGCCGCGCCCAGGUCCUUAUCCCGCCUCAGCUUGGCUUCCCCCAUCCCGCCCGGGUCGGUACCGCCCAGCUACCUGUGGCUGGCAGUGCUGUCGUGCCUCUGUCCCGGCGUGCCCCUCAACGUGUGUGCGCUGUGGUACGCCAGCGUGUCGAGGUCGGUGCUCAACAAUGGCGACGUGGAGGCAGCCCGGAAGUACGGACGAGUGUCACUUCUGCUCAGCUGCUUGGCCAUGCUGCUGGGUGUGGCCGUCAUCAUCUUCAUCGUCUUCACUAUAGAGCACCAGCAGUGA